CGCUAUCACUUUUCUGUAUUCAUGGUGAGCGAGGAAGGAGUGAGGCUGAAUGAAAGGCUAACUAGUGUUUUCUGGACUAAAGUCAACCAAUGAACUGGACUUGCAUAGUGAUUACUUGCUCCAGCCUCAACAGAGCCAGAGCUGUAGAAAAAGAGCUGGAGUGUUUGAAGAAAAAAGGAAAAAUUGAAGAAAGUACUAUCCUUCUGGUUGUUCAGGACCCUGCUGACAACAUUGGCAGUGGAGCUGCUACACUUAAUGCACUAGUUGUUGUAACUGAGGUCUUGAGUGCCCAACAGAACUAUACAGUCUUGACAUCUGAUGUUCUAGAAGAUGCUGUAAUUUUAAUUCUUCAUUAUGGCAGGCAGUAUCAAUUUGAUGUAUGUGGAAAAGCUUUCAUACAACUUCCAUGCGAGGUUAAUGUAAAAAUACCUGGAAAAGCACACUGUCAAAUGGCAAGUGGAGUUUUGACAAAUAUUGGAAACACACUGAAUCUUCUUGAAAAGUUGGUUUUGAAUUAUGGACCUGGUGUAUGGGUGGCGAGCACAGAUAUGUUGUUAUGGACAAAAGAACAAAAUGAGCUCAACCUUAAUGCUGGGUCAAGAGAUGUUGCCCUGUUCUGUGUUCCUGCAGACCUUGAGUAUGGUUCAGACCAUGGAGUGGUCAAAAUGGAUCAUCAGGGGUGUGUAGAAGAUAUUUUGUUUUGCCAGGAUGUAAAUGUUAUCCAAGAUUGCUGUCUGGAGAAUGGGAAAGUUCCAUUAGUUUCAGGACUUGUGUAUCUAUCAGAGAAUGUUGUGGAAAGCUUGCUUGAUAUUCACGGUCUGUCACCUCUUGAUAGUUGUACUUACAUAGGGGUUGACAGUGGAACUGAACCUCUGCAGGUAUCACUCUACUUUGACAUUUUGGUUGCCAUGGCAACAUGUGUAUCCAGGGAGGAGUUUCUAGAAGGGGAUCGUUGGACCAACUAUUCAUCUCGGUGUGGGUACAACACAGAAGGUGUAAAAGCCAUGAUAAGGGCACGAAGUUUAGUAUGGGAUCAUUUAUCUUCAUUUCAAAUGUCUUGUGUGAUUCUAGAAGGUAUUGAACAUCUAUACUGGUCUGAACAUUCCACUGCUGAAGAUCAUAUGGCUAUUCUGAGAAAGUGCAGUCAAAUGGGAAGAAUUCAUUCAUAUGUAGAAGGAGAACUGUCUAAUCCACCUAUAGACUGCCUCUUGCUUAAUAGUCUGGUCAGUGUGUCAAGGUCAAGUACAUUAGGAAAACGGACUAUUCUUAGUAGUUCUACAGUCAGUGUAGAAAAAGUGCACAUAGGAGAUGACUGUUUAGUGUCUGACAUGAAGAUCAUGGUCAAGGAUAAAGUAGUGAUACCAGAGAAAACAGUGAUCCUGGGGUUCCAAAUUACACCCUUAGAUGGCAGUAGUAGUGAGUCCUUAGACGUGCCAGUCGUGAUGGGCAUUAAAGAUAUUCCAUUUUUGAGCAUGUCAGAUUCAAGAAGUACUUUCUGCAAUAUUCCAUGGGAGAAGUUUUUUCAACAAACUGGAAUUUUACCACAAGAUGUUUGGGACGAACUAUACAUAGAAGAAAGCAGAUGUUCUUUGAUGAAUGCAUGCCUUUUUCCUGUUUCAAGCUCCAUAACAGAUGUUUUAUGGUUGAGGACUGUUUGUAGCAACAACGAUCAUCUUGUCAAGUGGAAGAAAAGCAGAAGAUUAAGUUUGCAACAGAUUCUUGACCAUCAGAACUGCUUGUCACAAUUUUCUAUUAGAAGAGACAGGUAUGCACAAGUAACAUGCAGGAUAGUUGCUGAUAAAUUACAACAGGAACAGAGACUUUCAAUUUUACCCUACUGUUUGUCAGCCUGUGCUGAAGGAUGGGAUCAUAUGCUUCUGAGUGCUCUGGAUCAAGAGGAGAUUGUGAAGGCUGACAUGUGGACUACAUCUGAUAUGUUUAUUGUGCACUACCUGCAUCAUUUAGCUAUCACUUUCCAUCCAUCACCAUUCUCCGUACCCCAUAUCGACUCUGAAAAGGCAGGUGAUAUAGCUGGUGGUACGGAUGCUUUACGUAAAGAGCGGGAGAAGUGGCUAGAUAGUCCAGACCAUGUGAUGAGAGCUGCACGACAUUAUGAAGGUGCUCUUCAGGCUUUGAUUAGACAUGCAGUAAUGUCUUCUUAUGAGCAUAUUAAACUGGUUCCUUCUGAGUUGCCAUCAAUGAACACAUGGGUCACUGCAAAAUGUCCAGCAAGGGUGGACCUCCAAGGUGGAUGGACAGACACCCCUCCAAUAUGUUAUGAGAUGGGAGGAUCUGUUGUUAACAUAGCUGUAUUGGUAGAUGGAAAGGUACAGAAACCUAUUGGAGCUCGAGCAAGGAGAAUUCAAGAUUUACACCUGAAAUUUACCAUUGGAAAUGACGAGCAUUCACCCAAGUUUAUCAUUGGAGAGAUUAACAAUCUUUUGGAUUACAACCAGCCAAAAGCACAUG